AUGCAAAAUGAGAAAACUAACUUCUAUGAUGUUCUUUCACUUGGUAAUCCUGAGAUUGUAGGCUUUGAUGAGAUCAAGAAGGCUUACAGAAGCAUGGCUCUUCAGUACCACCCUGCUGUUUGUCCUCCCUCCACCAAAGAAGAGUCGACUACGCGAUUCGUUGAGCUUCAAAAGGCUUAUGAGACUCUUUCUGAUCCGAUCUCGCGCCAAAGAUACGAUUAUGAGUUGGGUUUAGCUCAUAAUUCAUUAGGGUGUUGUGUUGGGAAACUUUGCAGAGAAGAGAGAAGAGAGAGUUUCCCAAAGGAGGUGUGGGAAAAGCAGCUAUCUGGACUAAGAAAAAGGUCUGGUCUUCGAAUGGAGAGGAAGAAAAAUGGAUGCAUGUAG